ACAGACGUCGCAGACACAGAUAUAUGUAUCAGGUCAAAGUCGGAAUUGGAAAUAUACUGACUAGAAGAAGAAGAAGGUCAAAGUCCAGCACUAUAUGGUUUUUUUGAUUGUGACAGGUUUUUAGUGACACAUCAAACGUAAUUGGAAAAAAGAUCGUGUUAAUAUCGUAUCUCACACAAUAUGUUCCCUCUUCUGAAAAAUUGCCUCGUCGCAAGACAGGGAAUUGUCAAUUAUGCAGAAGUUCUCACCCGUUAUUCUGGAAUUUCUAUAAACAAGGCAUAUUCUACAAAAAGUGAUAGUACUUCAAAAAAUAUUGUAUAUGUUGAUGGAGUACGGACUCCGUUUUUACAUUCUGGAACUGAUUAUAAGAAACUCCUAGCUUAUGAUCUUGCAACACAUUCGCUAGUGAGCUUGCAAAAAAAGAUUGGGUUCCCCAAGGAAAUAAUUGAUUAUAUUGUUUAUGGCACAGUGAUGCAAGAAGUCCGAACUUCCAAUAUUGGAAGGGAAGCUGCUCUAGCCGCAGGAUAUAGUGAGCAUACUCCUGCACAUACAGUAACGAUGGCGUGCAUUAGCAGCAAUCAGGCUAUUACUACUGGCAUGGGUUUAAUUGCAUGCGGUGUUUAUGACGCUAUUAUAGCAGGAGGAGUAGAAUUUAUGUCAGAUGUUCCAAUUCGACUUAAUCGAUCCAUGAGAUCUCUAAUGCUGCAAGCCAAUAAAGCAAAAACUCUACCAAAUAAAUUAGCUCUCUUGGCCAGUAUCAGACCAAAUCAUUUUAUACCAGAUCUACCAGCUGUGGCAGAGUUUUCAACUAAUGAAACUAUGGGACACAGCGCAGAUCGUUUAGCAGCGGCAUUUGAUGUUACACGCAAGGAACAAGAUGAUUACGCAUUGCGUUCUCAUACUUUAGCCGCACGAGCACAGCAACAGGGACUGCUGUCGGAUGUAGUCCCUUAUAAAGUUCCAAACGUUGAUAAAGUUGUCGAUAGGGACAACGGCAUUCGCGUAUCUACGGAAGAACAAUUAGCAAAGUUGAAACCUGCGUUUGUUAAACCUUAUGGAACAAUUACUGCAGCCAACGCAUCUUUCUUGACUGAUGGUGCGUCGGCGGCGUUAAUAAUGAGCGAAGAGAAAGCUCUUCAACUUGGCUUAAAACCUAAGGCAUACUUGCGAAACUUCACUUAUGUGUCUCAAGAUCCAGUUGAUCAACUACUUCUAGGACCAUUAUACGCAAUCCCGAAAAUUUUGGAUAGAGCAAAAUUAACUAUGAAAGAUAUAGGAGUGUGGGAGAUACACGAAGCGUUUGCAGGAAUGAUCUGUGCUAAUCUGAAAGCAAUGGAUUCUGAUUUGUUCGCUCAAAAGUAUUUAAAGAGAAGUUCGAAAAUUGGUGUACCAGAUCUAAACAAGUGGAAUGCUUGGGGAGGAUCCUUGUCGAUUGGUCAUCCAUUUGCCGCCACUGGAGUACGAUUAGCAACGCAUACCGCUAAUCGACUUAUUAAAGAAGAUCAACAAUUCGGACUUAUCGCGGCUUGUGCUGCUGGCGGACAAGGAGUUGGUAUGAUUAUGGAACGAUAUCCUGGUGCUACAAUCUAAUCCCGCUUUUCGAGGAAUACAUUUAUUUAUAUAUAUAUAUAUAAAUAGAUAAUAAUUA